AUGGCGGCCAUGGAUUCCUCCCGGGAUUUCGUCAAGGACGUGAAGCGUGUCGUCAUUAAGGUUUGCUGAGGCGGCGUCAAUUCGCAUUCCUUCGUUGGAUUCUCGCUUUAAUUAUUGUUUUCGAGGAUUUAACUGUAGAUCUCCGUUGUUUUCGACUUUUCCCUUUAUGUGACAUAUUUGUGCUGUGUGGUUCGUGUCUGAGUCGAUUGCUCAUUCUCUUUUUCAGCGAGAAAUUGAUCAUGUAUCCUGUGUUAACGUCAGGCUUUCUCUCGUAUUUUUUUGAGCAAUUUUUAGUUCGCUCGACUUCACGGUAGACGCACCAAAUCGUGUUAUAUCCGAGCUUUAUGAGAUCCGAACUCCUGCCUUUUACGUAUAGCGAUUUUACGUCUAGUGAAAGCUUCUCCAGAGAAGAAAGAAGGCUAUUUGUUCUCAUUACUGCGUCGUGUGACGCGGCGACGCGUGCCGUCUCAAUGAACGGCAGGUUGGCAAUCAUCUUCAGAAAAAGAGGCUCUAACGUCAGCAAGCAUAACAUGAAACGAGUUUUAUCGUGACAUUUUUGCGUUUUUCUGCGGUAACCUCUAAUGAAACCGUUUUUCUGCUUGUAUAUACUUCCUUUUUCGGCAUUUGGAUUUUCCUCGCUUCCUCUUUGGUAAAACGAUAGGCUUUUCAUUUGGAUACAUUGGCUUCUUAUAUUUUCAUCUCUCUUUAAUGGUAUAAAGGUCGGAACAGCUGUUGUUACUAGAUCAGAUGGAAGAUUGGCACUUGGAAGAAUAGGGUGCCUUUGCGAGCAGGUUUGUGAAGCUACUGGACAGGAUGCUGCCUCCAAGUCCAUAUAUUUUUAGUUUCAUAUGUGUUGUGUAAAAAUUUUAGGCUCAUGAUUAUUGGCCAACAAAAUGUUAAUUUUCUGUAGAUCAAAGAAUUGAACUAUCAAGGUUACGAGGUCAUUCUGGUUACUUCAGGGGCUGUUGGAGUUGGCCGCCAAAGGCUGAGAUAUAGAAGAUUAGUUAACAGCAGGUUAGUUAUAUAUCAUUAUAUCAUUUAUUUCUCUGUUCCUAUCCAACAUAUUUCUUUAUCGGAUGCUUUGAUGGACUAAGCAUAAUUGUAUAAAUAUAGCAGGCGAGGAUAUGCUGAUUACAGACAGGUGUAUGCUAUACUACAUCAUCAGAAUAAGAGAACACGAUUAUGUGCAUUGAAAUUGGAAUAUUCUAUAGAGAUUUUUAAAAAGAGAAAAUUUAUUUUUUAACCUGGAACACAGGGAGGGAAGCAGCGUUAUGAUGCUCUUGAGCUUUUCUCUUAUUUUUUUGAGUUUUGUUGCAGCUUGAAAACUGCGGUUAAGAUUCCUCUUGUUCCUGACACCUCAUUCAUUUGUUCUAAUUUGCAUUUUCCCCCUUUCUUGUCUUCCUCUCGUUUGCUCCCUUCAUCUUUUUUUCAUCAUCUCUGUUUGCUAUUACUAGCUGGGUUUGCAGCCAAAGGCUGUCUCCAUGUGAUGCCAUUAUGAUGGAAACAGCACAAAUGUGAUUCGAUAUCAACGUGACAGGUCAAAUUGGUGGUCUUUCAAGAAAGUUAUGUUUUUUAUUUUGUUUGUCUUUAUGGUAGCACCAUCAUCAUAUAUUCAAUUAUUUAGAAUUAAGUUGUAUAUAGCUUUUUUUUUCAUGGUAUAAAUCUUACUUAUGUCGCAGUCAGGAUGUUGACGAAUAUAAGUUGUCUUUAUUGACUCCUUUCAGAUUAUUGAACUGAUAAAAACUAUGCAGUUGGUGAACUUUCCUUUGAAUAGACAUUUUUAGAAAUUUUAAAAACGAUUGUAACGUUUGAGGAAAGUUGGUUGAUAAAAAAGCACAGCUUACAGCAGGAAAUGAUCAGUAUAUGCUAGCUGCUUGAUUCUGUGUUGAUAAUCUGUGAAAGCAAAUUGAAACACAGCCUCACCUUGCAAGCGGACAAGCCUAAAAUAUGCUAUAGCAUAAGGCAUCCUAGCACUUAGCUGUUAGUUAUGUGUAACCGACUACAGUAAUUUUGAGCAUUCUUUACGAGGCCCUGCUCCAUUUUAACCGAAGAAUCCAGAAGGAAACUUAUUUCAGGCAUGGAAAAACUUUGGAUGUCUCCAGAGAAGAUAUGGUGAUACUAGACUUCUACUAUUUAGUAUUCUCCAACCUCUUCCUUUUGCAGCUUUGCUGAUCUUCAGAAACCACAAGUAGACCUUGAUGGGAAAGCAUGUGCAGCUGUUGGACAAAGUGGCCUCAUGGCACUUUAUGAUGCCUUGUUUAGUCAGGUGAAGACUCCUGCUUUAUUUUGCUUUACUUUAUAACUUGGAUCGCUCAUAUUGUUUUAUUGAUUCUUAAUUCUCGUGAACUUCGUCAGUGCAUUCCUAAUUCUUUCUAUUUCAGUGUCUAGAAGUUAACGUGUUUCUCAUAAUUCUCAAUUCUUAUGGUGUGAUGCACUAUUGUGACAGCUGGAUGUGGCAUCGUCGCAGCUUCUUGUUACUGACAAGGACUUUGAAGAUACAAAUUUCAGAAUGCAGCUUUCUGAGACAGUGAAUUCGUUGCUAGAUCUGAAGGUUAUACCUAUUUUCAAUGAAAAUGAUGCAAUCAGUACCAGACGAGCUCCAUAUGAGGUAUAUUGUUUGAGUACAAUGUUAAGCCAUGAAUUGCCACCAAGAGAGAGCGCACGUAUUUAUCUUGGGCAUAAAUGUCUAAAUUAACAAGAGCAAAAGAUGUUUAAAAUUUUCAUUAGGCUGACAAAGAAAACAUGAUCCUAAAAGGAUAGGAGUAAGCUCUGUUUUCCCCGAUUGAUCAAAAACUUUCCUCGUAUUUUGUCAUCGUGGAAUGAUUAUCCUUGGUUCAUUCAUUUUUUGGUGUUCGAUGAUAACUCAAUUUAUGUCAAGAAUAGUGAUGAUACGACUGAUUUAGGGAUAUCAACUGGAUCCAGUUUACGAUCACAAUUUGUUUCCAGAUUGAGGAACUUCAGGAUGAAUAAAAGAUGGAAAAUGAAUAAAAUAAGAAACUGAGAAAACAGCAUGUCGGGUGGCUGGAUCACCAAUUUUAAUUGAAAUUGGUUCAAUCUUGAAGUAUUUAUGUUCACAGUGGUUUCACAGUUAUAUUCCUCGUGUUGGAGAUUUUUUUUCAGAUUUUGCAUGAAUUUGAUUAAAAGUGUGACAACAUGCAUCAGGAUUUCUUUUGGUACAUAAUAAUCUGAGGUUGUCUCUUUGUGCAGGAUUCAUCAGGUAUAUUCUGGGAUAAUGACAGCUUGGCUGGUCUAUUAGCUUUGGAAUUAAAAGCAGAUUUGCUUGUUCUAUUGAGUGAUGUGGAAGGACUUUACAGCGGUCCUCCCAGUGAGCCCGGUUCAAAGAUCAUUCACACUUACAUAAAGGAAGUGCAUCAAGCAAAGAUUACUUUUGGGAGCAAGUCUCGUGUAGGAAGAGGGGGUAUGACUGCUAAGGUGAAAGCUGCUGUUUGUGCUGCUUCUGCCGGCAUACCAGUUGUUAUCUCUAGGUUUGUUUUUCUGCCUUGACUUGACAUGUCCUCUCUCUCUCUCUCUUUCUCUCUCUCCCUCUCUCUCAGAGUAGAGAGGAGGAGCAUUAGUGGACUCGCGUUUACUUUUGUGCUGUAGCUUGUGAACAGAUGAACUUUCGUGAUUUUUCUUCUUGCCACUAUUGGUGAUAUACUAUUUUUGUUCUCAUAAUUCGUGAGCUUUCCACGAUACCAUGCUGUCCGUCCGUGAUGGAAACAAUUUAUCUGUUCCUUUAAUCCCUGGAUUGAUUGAUUCAUUCUGGUACGUGUUAGAGAUACUGUGCGUAUCUGGUCAUUUAGUGUGCGAGCUGGGAACCUGCUGGGUUGGUGCGCAGUGUGAAUAACAGUUUAUUAUGUACUGAGAAAUUUCUGAGGCACCCCCUUAGAUUCGGGUCCCAGAAUGUUGGCUGUUGUGUGAAAGAAAAUGGGGCGAAGAAGUUUGAAGAUAUAAAGGAGAGACAGAAAAGGGAACUUGUUGCUGCUCACAUGGUUUCUCUUGCAAAUACAGAAGUUUAGACAGUGAAGCAGCAGAUGGUAGACCCACGUGCCAUCAGAAGUGCAGCACCCAAAAGGAAACAAUUUUCUCAUCUUGAGUGAUGGUUGGGGCAUGCGGCUAUAAAAAUGGUACUCAUCAUUGUACAAAAUCAACUACAGGGCAGAGGUAACGAUUGCUGAGCAUGGCAACAGAAUCAGCAGUCGCAUUCACCUUCCCUCCUGUUUAUAUUUCCUACAACCACGCUUCAUUUUGCAUACCUAUGGGCCGAAGAGGAAUCUAUGAAAGCAGCAAAUGGGCGACGAAUUUGUCUCAGAACAUUUGAGUCAAUCUUGAGCAGGAGCAGAAUACUACUGAUUUUAGCAGAGGCCUCUUUAAAACCCAGGCUCCUAAAAAGUUUUCUAAAAUAUUCGAAAUCAGAAUCAAUUUGUGAAUCAGGCUGGACCGAUCCUAGGAAUUUCCUAUCUUUUAGGACAUUGCCCAGAAUCUUCAGAGAUCACUUGUUUCUGUUUGCUUUUCCAAUUUGAAGUGAUCGUGGCAGAUUUGGUGUGUGCAGAUCAUAAAAUUGGUUAAACUCGGGUAAUCACGAUUUAGUUGGCUGAAUUCAGAUUUCCUGCUUGUAACCAGAUUAGGAAUUUUUUAUCUUAAUCCAAAGUAAGGCUAAUGGAUGCUUUGAUACAUACUAGGAUAUAAUUAUGUUCCAAUGAAAAGAUUCGAUAUCAUGCUGCCCUGUGAGUGCACUUUUUCUCGUAGUUUUGAUCCCAAUGUGGCAUAUCUAUCUGGUUGAUUGUGAAUUUAAUCCGUCCUUAUUGUACAUCCUGCUUUGGAGGAAUUGGGUAAGAUUGUGAAUUAUAAAUAGGAUUCAUUUUUGGUUUCAUACUCAGAAGAGAUGUACUUGUCUGCCUGACAAAGACUGAUUCAUCUGUGAAUCAUUAUUGAAGCGGUUAUGCUAGUGAUGGCAUCUUAAAAGUACUCAAGGGAGAAAGAGUUGGUACUCUCUUUCAUCAGCACGCAGAAAAGUUGGUUUCCCUGAAAGAAAUUGGUGCACGUGACAUGGCAGUUUCAGCUCGAGAAUGUUCUAGGCGCUUUCAGGUGAUUAUAAAUCUUUUUUUUCGUGAUUUUUUUCUGCAUAUUUCGCUCCUUGUUACCCUCAAGGAGGACACCCAGGGGACAUGUUUGCAUGCUUCGCACCUUGUGAAUCAUUUGUCCAUAUUAACGUCACCAUUUGGUCUGAAAUCUAUUAUUUUUUUCCUGGUACCCUUUUAGUUGAGAACUCUAUCAUAUUUUUACAGAACUUAUCCUCAGAAGAACGUAAAAAAAUUUUGCUUGAUGUUGCUGAUGCACUUGAGGCAAAUGAAAAGUUGAUCAGAACGGAGAACGAAGCUGAUGUUGCUGCUGCAAAGCUGGCUGGAUAUGAAAAAUCGUUGGUUUCUCGACUGACUUUAAAGCCAGGAAAGGCAAGUGGACAUUCAGUAAAUCAUGAUUUUACCAAAUUAUUUAUUGGGUAAAAAUUUAUCACUCCGAAUAUUUUAUACUAUUUAUAUUAUAUCAGUAAGUAUAUCUGUCGCGGUGCUAAUAUGUAUUUUCAAUUUUACUUUCUCCUUGGUGGUUCUCUCAAAGCGUAAAGUUCUUAAUUCACAGAUAUCAAGCCUAGCAAACUCUAUUCGUGUGCUCGCAGACAUGGAAGAACCAAUAGGACAAGUCCUGAAACGAACAGAGGUAAGAAUACGGGAUGCAAGAUUGGAAUUUGAAUUCUUCUUUUUACGGAGGGUUAGAAGGACGUGGAAAAUCAGCAUUAUUCUCCAGCUACGAAUGGAUAGAUAUUAAUGGCCUAUAUGCGUAGACCUUUUGACGUUUUAUCCAGUGCCACCUCGAAGAUUUGAUGUGCAAUAUGCUUCCAGCUUGCUGAUGGACUGGUAUUGGAGAAAACAGCAUGUCCCCUGGGUGUCCUCCUGAUUGUUUUUGAGUCUCGCCCUGAUGCCCUUGUUCAGGUAAAGUAUUCGAACGUGAAAUAGAACUUCGUGAUAGGGACCAAAUUCAUCUUUAAUUUCUUAUCUUAUCUUGAACUGUAGUCAUUUGACUCGUUGCACAACCUUGGUCGAACUCACAUAUUACUGACUGUGCCUCAGGCUUUUGUUUUUUUUUUCAUUUUUGAUUCUGUGCCUUUUGUCUGAUCUCAUGAAAUAUUCUGUUGAUUGAGACGUUUAGUUUCCCUGGAAUGAAACAGAUUGCCUCAUUAGCGCUCCGUAGUGGCAACGGACUUCUUCUAAAGGGUGGAAAAGAAGCAGCGAGGUCUAAUGCUGUCUUGCAUAAGGUUCAGUUUCCUGAAGCCCAUCCCUCAUCUUAUUCUAGGAAGAAUUUACUCACCUUCCUUAUGUCUCUCAUCUUUCUUCUGAUGAUGUAAUAGUCUAUAUUUUGAAAUGAUGUACAUAUGUAUUUCAAACAGGUGAUCACUGGAGCCAUCCCACAGGCCGUUGGUGAAAAGCUUAUUGCACUCGUUACCUCAAGAGAUGAGAUUCCUGAUCUGCUGAAGGUGAAGAGUUGAUCUGAAUACUUACUGUUUAUUUGGCAAUUCAUUAUCUAUUGAACAUUAUUCUUAUCUUAUUCUAUAUUCUUCUUCAGCUUGAUGAUGUGAUAGAUCUUGUGAUCCCAAGAGGAAGCAAUAAACUUGUUUCUCAGAUCAAGGAAGCUACCAAGAUUCCUGUCCUUGGCCACGCUGGUAAGAUGCAAUGUUUUUUUCUUAUUUAUCUUUUAAUGAUAUGUUAUUGAAACUCGUACAUCAUUCUUAUAAUCUUAUGGUUCACAUGCGUGAGUGUUGUCCAGAUGGUAUUUGCCAUGUUUAUGUUGAUAAAUCUGCUGAUAUUGAAAUGGCGAGGAAAAUCAUCUUGGAUGCAAAGACAGAUUAUCCAGCCGCUUGUAAUGCUAUGGUAUCUUCUGAUUCUUUUAUUCUUGAUUAAAUACCUUUUUUUUUCUGGUGACAUUUCUUUUCUACUAUUGUGGCUGAUUGCUACAUAGUCUAAUGGCCGAUAGUAUAAGUUUCACUAGUGGCAUAGCAACACACUUGACCUUUGGAUGAUUCUAUCCGCAGGAAACACUUCUUGUACACCAGGAUCUUGUAAAGGGUGGACAGAUUAAUGACCUUGUUAUGGCGUUGAGACUUGAAGGUACGAUUUUCAACUUAGAUCGCAUUAAUGUCGUUUAUAGUCUCGCUUCUGUUGAUUUAAAGGCAGAAAUCUCUACGAAUCGACUGAUCGUAAAAUUUUCGCACACAUGUGUCGAUAUUGUAUUGAAAAAAGUCUUGGUACUGCAUAAGCGGACAGUUUUUCAAUAUUCAAAGCCACAAGUUGUUUCAUCACGUCACCAUAAUCUGCAUUCAAUUGGCGGGCCUCGUGUUGUUGUGUUGGAAGCUACUUGAUGCGGAGAGGAUCUCAAUAUGAGGCAUUAUAACUGUCUCGUAAUAUAGAAAAGUAAUAGAUGGUACAACGUGCUUUAACAUCUGGAUUGGGACAGGUUUAUCUCUUCCCCUCAAGUAAAUUGGACUACCUAACAGAAGAAAAGGAUUUUAAAACUCUAAAUGAGUAAGCUAGUGAAACUCCAUAAAGGGGACUCGAUCUAUGUUUAUUACCUAUGUGAUUGUGAAAUAAAUGUGAUAGGGAUGAUGCUGAAAAAUUCAAUAAUUUGGAACUAAAAUCCCUAUAUUUGGGCAUCACUCGACAGACCUGCUUCCGUUUUCAUUCCAGUUUAAUUAUAAAUAAUAUAAUAAAUAAAUAAAUCUUACUUGGGGGAUUUCCUUUCAAUCCACGUCAUCCUCAGGUUCUUCUCGUUUGUGAGCACAGUAGCUUUUCAAAACGCCAGCGAAGUUGAAAAUCGUUACAAUUCUCAUUGAUUCCUUAAAAAAAUCAUUUCUCCGUGCGCAAUCAUUUUGGGUAUCUUUCUUACAUCUUUUCUUGUUUCUUCCGUUGUCAUGAAAAUAUAUCUUCGCUUCAGGAGUUACCCUCUAUGGAGGACCCAGAGCUAGUGCUGAACUAGACAUCCCUCAGGCUGGUUCUUUUCAUCACGAAUACAAUACAAUGGCCUGUACAAUUGAGAUAGUGGACGACGUCGUUGCUGCUAUCAACCACAUACAUAGCCAUGGAAGGUAUUCUUUUCCAACUCUUUGUGCAAAUAUUAUGACAUCUCGAGGAAAUUGUAAAAUCCAUAGCGGCGCAAUGUGAGGUGGAAGCGGGUCUGUAAUCUAACUGCCACCUUGUGUUGCAGUGCCCACACUGAUUGCGUAGUUGCCGAGGAUGAGGAAGUUGCAGAGUCGUUCCUGAGAGGGGUUGACAGGUUUGCUGGUCCCCCCCUUUUCUUCUGUCUUUUUUACUGAAGUUUUAAAAUCAUCAUUUAUUAAUUUCCUCGCUGACUUUCAUGUAUCCGGAUACCUGUCGUCUUCAUGAUUUUUUAUUUUCUUCGAUGAUGCAAUCAAAUUAAGCCUAAAAAAAAUCGUGGAAAUUGUAGUAAAUAGGUUCUGAAUCAGAACAGCCUGAACCAUCUAGAAGUCCGGAUCCUGCCCAGAUUAGUCUGCCAAUUAUAUGAUCAUAUUGGCUCGAUGGAUUUGAUAUUAUAUUUAUUUUUUUAAUGUUAUAAGAGCCAUGACUGUGCUCUGUUUUUCCUGCAGUGCGGCUGUAUUUCACAAUGCAAGCACCCGCUUUUGUGAUGGAGCUCGUUUUGGGCUUGGCGCAGAGGUCAGUUGAGCUAUCUUGAGCUUUCUUAGCUCUGAAUUGAAAUCUCCGAUUGCCAUUUGUAUUUAUUUAUUUAUUUAUCUACUUUAAUUCUUGAGAAGGUCGGUAUAAGUACAGGCAGAAUCCAUGCCAGAGGCCCUGUUGGAGUGGAGGGGCUCUUGACGACGCGAUGGUAAGUAACCCAUGUCAAGCUUCUAAUCCGUUGCAAUACUCGUAAUCGGCUGUUGAUUUCUCCAUCUGGCGAAAUGCAAUCCAGGAUCUUGAGAGGCCAUGGCCAGGCGGUGGACGGCGAUAAAGGGGUUCUUUAUACCCACAAGAAUCUUCUCUAG